GACACUAUGUGGGGGAUGUAUGAGAGUCUGGACAGAGGGACAGCAUACUUUUGUUUAAAAAUGCAUGAGUGUAAAAUCUGUCAUGAAAAUCUGUGAUAAUGCUGCGCAGACACAGCCCAUAGACCGAGCUUAGCUAUUCUUAAUUUAGGUACUUGUACUUAUUUUAUCGCCCAUGAAAAAAUAUAUUAAGUUUUAAUAAAUGGUGUGAAAUCUCGGAUACAAUUUAUAGGACAUCCGGAGUCCAAAAAAAAAAAUCUUCGGCAAACUGCGGGUCUAGGGGAUCCGCUUGUCUUUAUCCUUAUGCCACCUGACACGAAAUUAGUGUGUGUUUUCUACUGCAUUAUAUAUUACAUUAUACUUCCAGUUCUUGGGAAUGGGAGCAAAGUCAGCCCGACAAAAACAUUAAUAUGGGGUCCAGGUUUAGAGGCUGAAAUCGUACUUCCAGCUCGCUAUUUCUUCAUUCAGGCCGUAGACAACGAUGGCAAAAAUUUUACGUCUACACCAGGUGAAAAUGCAUUUAAAGUGAAGAUUAACUCCAUAGAUGAUCAGUUUACUCGGACAUGGGUACAAUUACUAGACAGAAAAGAUGGAUCUUUCAUAGUCAGAUACAGAAUGUAUGCAAGUUACAGCAAGUUGAAGAUUGAAGUUAUUGCCGAGAAUCAGCAUGUUGCCUAUUCUCCUUACUUAAUAAAAGGACCUGUUUACCAUGAAAGCUGUGACUGCCCUCAGGAUGACUCUGCUGCAUGGCUGAAGAAUAUGAAAUGUCCUUCAUCAUUUCCACAGAUCAUGAGAGAUCUUGCACAGUUUUCUGCUGUUAACCCAGACCAGAUUGCCGUAGACAUUCCAAAGAGGUUUGGAGAAAGACAAAGUUUAUGCCACUACACAGUAAAAAACAACAAGGUUUAUUUAAAAACAUAUGGGGAACAUGUGGGUUUUAGAAUCUUCAUGGAUGCUGUUCUCCUUUCUCUUACUAGAAAAGUAAAACUGCCAGACAUUGAAUUUUUUGUAAAUCUGGGAGAUUGGCCCUUAGAAAAGAGAAAAACAACACAGGAUCCUCACCCAAUCUUUUCUUGGUGUGGCUCAAGUGACACAAAAGAUAUUAUAAUGCCUACAUAUGAUCUAACAGAAUCAACACUGGAAACCAUGGGCCGGGUCAGCCUGGAUAUGAUGUCUGUUCAAGCAAACACAGGACCAGCUUGGGAAAACAAAAACAGCACAGCAUUUUGGAGAGGACGUGACAGUCGGAAAGAGAGGCUGGAGCUUGUGAAACUUAGCAGAAAGUAUCCGGAGCUGAUUGAUGCUGCAUUCACCAACUUUUUCUUUUUCAAGCAUGAUGAAAACCUUUAUGGUCCAAUUGUAAAGCAUGUUUCAUUUUUUGACUUCUUUAAGUAUAAGUAUCAGAUCAAUAUUGAUGGAACAGUAGCAGCAUACAGAUUACCAUACCUCCUUGCAGGAGACAGCGUUGUCUUAAAACAGGAUUCUAUCUACUAUGAGCAUUUCUACAAUGAUUUGAAACCAUGGCAGCACUACAUUCCAAUCAAGAGCAACUUAAGUGAUCUGCUAGAUAAAAUUCAGUGGGCAAAAGACCACGAUGAAGAGGCAAAGAAGAUUGCUACAACAGCACAAGAAUUUGGAAGAAACAAUCUAAUGGGAGACCAUAUAUUUUGUUAUUAUUUUCUGUUAUUUCAGGUAACGGUUUCCUUUUUUGUUGUCAGAUACAAAAAUAGCCUGAAACUGCUCAUAAAGAAUAGAAAAUAA